AAUGCUGGCUUUUUGGCCACGACGGUGUUAAAGAGCCUAUACGUCAUCACUAGCAGCCCGUCUGGCUCCUACUACCGUUACGUCAUCGAGUGGCGCUCAGGAAGCGACACGAGUAGUUCCAUGCUUGUGUUGUGUGUGGCAUUGGCCUGGAACGCAAGCCUUCAUCAAAAUGUUUAAUUGUGAUGAAGACCUUAAAGCUUAUGAGGAUGAACUGUACCAUGAGGAGACAUCCAGUGAUGAGAGCAUUGACAGUGAAUUGGAAUUUCAUCUCUACAGUCAAGUACAUUAUUCUCAAAAUCUCAGUGAAUCCAAACCUGAAGAGGAUACAGGUGGGGAUAGUGUAACAUAUGUGCCAGGUGCCAAGCAACAGAAUAAUGCUUGUACAGAAAAAGAUGAUAAACCAGUAGACAUUAUUAUUUUGUCUGAUAGUGAUGCAAAGGUUUCAGACACCUGUCCUGUCAUAAUCCUGUCCGACACCACAGAAGAAGACAGUGUAUAUAGCAGCAAGAUAAAAAAGAAAUAUUCCAGUACUUAUGUACAAGGAGAGUCACUUUGUGGUCCAUGCUCCCAUUCUACUCCAAAAGUUUCUGCACCUCAAAGUAAUAAUUUUAAAAGCCAGAAGUCCUGCCAAAAUAGUUCCAGUAAAAACUACAGUGGUGGAUAUGUUCAAGAAGUCCUAGUGAUAAGGGGAAGUUCAGAGGAUGAAGAAGCCAACAAAUCAGAGAAUGAUAUCAUUAUUUCGGAAAGUGACAUGAGUGAUGUGGAAAACUGGAUGCUGCUUGGCAGGGCAAAAGAGGAUGGAGAUGCAAGUAUUCAGCUGAACCUUGAAGGUUAUAAAAUCUUAUCCGAUGAUGAAGGAGAAAGAGGAGCAGCAUGGUCCAUUAGUGAAAAGGAUGUAGAGGCCCAGAUUGGUAACUAUACUCCUCUAAGACGGUCAAAUCGCUAUUAUACAGACAAGAAUGUUGUAUGUAGAAACUGUGAUAAACGGGGACAUUUGUCCAAAAACUGCCCUGUUCCUAAGAAACUACCAGCCUGUUGUCUCUGUGGUGAGAGAGGACACUACCAAAAUUCUUGCCCAUCACGUUAUUGUUUAAACUGCUUUCUGCCGGGGCAUUUCUUUAAGGAAUGCAUUGAGCGAGCCUAUUGGAGGAAGACUUGUCAUCGUUGUUCAAUGCCAGGUCACUAUGCUGAUGCUUGCCCAGAAAUCUGGAGGCAGUACCACCUAACAAUUAAAGCAGGACCAAUCAAGAAACCCAAGUCACAUUCUGGCCAAAAGGAUAUUGUUUACUGCUGUAACUGUGCUAAGAAAGGCCACUGUAUUUAUGAAUGCAAAGAAAGGAGGAUGAAUAGUGACAAACUCCCUACCUGUCAGCUGGUGUUUUCUUACGACCAUGAAUACGAUAUCCGGAAAAGAAAUGAGCGCACAAAAAGCAAGAUUAAAGAUUUUCAAAAAGCUGGCCUUCUCACAUGUGAAAUGAGGGAAUUCAGUGAAAGCAAGGUAGAUGCUAAGCCACCUGCCAAGAAAAGGAAGAAGAAAUAUCCUAGCAAAAAAGAGAAGAAAGGUACUAUCAGGGAUUACGAAUGUGCAGAGACAAAGCAGAAGAAGAAGCAUAAGAAAAGAAAAUCCGGCCUUCAAGAAAUAGAGGGGGAUUUCCCCCGUGGAUUUCCUAACAGUUACGUAGAAUUAAAAAAACCUUCAAAGAAGUAUGAUGGCAGCUUCCUGCAUUUGGAUAAGACGAAAGAUAUGUUUAAAAACCGCCAGAAGAAGACACGCAGAGGCAAAAGAUGCAGUUCUGCAGUUGACCAGGACUUACUUAUAAUUAAACAGAAGAAAAAAAAAUCAAAAAGAAAGGUAGCAUGAACAGAUGUUACUGGAUAUGACAAUACCUUCCAUAUAUUGAUACUUUUCCCCAUAAUCUGCAGGAACACAACGUAUUGUUGAAAUGCUCGAUUUUCUCUGCCCGGCAUUGAGAAACCAUAUUAUUUGGAAGAAAGUUCAUAAAUCUAAACGUUAUUAAAAAAUCUCAAGAUCCAAGUUAAUUUGACA